AUGACCACGCACAAGAUUUCAUUCUCCAUCGUGGACAUCUUGGACCCGGACAAGUUCACCGGCGGGAGGACAGGUGGUGGCCCCAGGAAAGAGACGUGUCCGGUCACAAGUGGCAAUGAAAGUGGAGCAGAGAGGACGCUAGAAGAAGAAGACACUAGAGCAGAGGAAGAUCUGAUGUCUCGUUCAGACACCCCUGGCCUGCUUCCCUCUCCUCCCUCUGACCCGGAGCCCUGUCUCAGCGUGGAGCAGGAGAUUGCAGACUGCACCUCGGUCACUGUAGACCACAGGGACCACUCCCCUCACAAACGCCGCCGCCAUGAUUCCACCUGUGCCAAACCACGUCGUGCCAGGACUGCUUUCACAUAUGAGCAACUGGUGGCUCUGGAGAACAAGUUCCGCACCACACGGUAUCUGUCUGUGUGCGAGAGACUCAACCUAGCCCUGUCCCUGAGCCUCACAGAAACUCAGGUCAAAAUCUGGUUCCAAAACAGGAGGACCAAGUGGAAAAAGCAGAACCCAGGAGCGGACAGCACUUUACAGUCUCCAGGCAACAGUGUGGUUAGUGUCAGUCCAAGUCCAAGCAACUUCCAUCAGACUUUCCCAAACUUCAGCUCUGGGAAUAUGGUCUUCCAUACAGCCGCUGCAGUCCCGCUCACAUCCACAGGAGGGCUCUUGCAUCCCUUUGUGUCCAGUGGGUUUGUACAGCCUACUUACUUCAGUCCACAUCUUUGA